CACAGACUUACACAGGGGUUGAUAAACCAAACCAAGGGACCACAAAAAUGGCAAAGGUUGGAAUCAAUGGAUUUGGCCGCAUUGGGCGCCUGGUGACCCGCGCUGCCUUUAUGAGCGGUAAAGUUCAAGUCGUCGCUAUCAAUGACCCCUUCAUCGACUUGGACUACAUGGUGUACAUGUUCAAGUAUGACUCCACCCACGGGCGCUUUAAGGGAACAGUGAAGGCUGAGAAUGGCAAACUGAUUAUCAAUGACAAAGAAAUCACCAUUUUCCAGGAGCGUGACCCCAGCAACAUUAAGUGGGGCGAUGCUGGUGCCGAGUAUGUAGUGGAAUCUACUGGAGUCUUCACAACCAAAGACAAGGCUUCUCUGCACUUGAAGGGAGGUGCCAAGCGUGUGAUCAUCUCUGCCCCCUCAGCAGAUGCCCCCAUGUUUGUUGUUGGAGUGAACCAUGAGAAAUAUGAUAACUCUCUUACAGUUGUGAGCAAUGCAUCCUGCACAACAAACUGUCUGGCUCCUCUUGCAAAGGUCAUAAACGACAACUUUGGCAUUGUUGAGGGACUGAUGACAACUGUCCAUGCUUACACUGCCACCCAGAAGACAGUGGAUGGCCCAUCAGGGAAGCUGUGGAGAGAUGGAAGAGGUGCCGGUCAGAACAUCAUCCCCGCCUCAACUGGUGCAGCAAAGGCUGUCGGAAAAGUUAUCCCUGAGCUGAACGGCAAACUCACAGGAAUGGCUUUCCGUGUCCCCGUUCCAAAUGUGUCCGUUGUGGAUCUGACCUGCCGCCUGAAGAAGCCUGCAAAGUAUGAUGAUAUCAAGGCUGCAGUUAAAGCUGCAGCAGAGGGACCAAUGAAAGGAAUCCUGCAAUACACACAAGACCAGGUUGUCUCCACUGACUUCAAUGGCUGCACUUAUUCCUCCAUCUUUGAUGCCGAUGCUGGAAUUGCAUUGAAUGAACACUUUGUGAAGCUGGUUUCCUGGUAUGAUAAUGAAUGCGGCUACAGCCAACGUGUUGUGGAUCUUAUGGCUCACAUGGCAUCUCAGGAAUAAGCACUUAUCCAUCAGUCAACCCCUCUUCUGUCACUGAAGGGGUCCAGAGUCACCAAUCUGCUAGUUUGUCUGUGUCACUGUUUGUGUUACUAAAUAAAACAAUGAAACAUCA